CGGCGCCGAGCCGUUCCCGCGCGAUCUCGUUGCUCCUAUCUCGACUUCGCAUCCGAGCCUCCCGCGCGGCGCAAUGAUGCUCCCCGUUUACAACUUUCGAUCGACCGCGACGUAAGAAGCUGCGCCCGUUGAAAUUCCGCCGGCGCGGCGGGAGAAUUUUCGCGUCUCCAACCGCGCGAGACAAACGGUCGGAUUACCGCCCGUUUCCGAAUUUCGCGAGAUAAGAUCCAUGUGCUCGCAGCAUGGCUAUCAUGCAGUCCUGUUGCUGCUGGCAGUCCGUACGCAGAGGCAGCUACGCCUGUGCCAUUUACACCAUAAUAUACUUCACGUUGUUAGCGUCGACUACCGGCGCGAUCCUUCGGGAGGAGAGUCAGUACUUAAAGGGGAUCGUUUCCCUACCGGAAUCGUCUAGCUUUCUGGAAUCAGGGACCAUAUCGCCGGCGACGGUUCAAUUCAACGGAAUGCUGCUUAUCUGCUCCUGCUGCGGCGUGCUGUGCAGUCUCCUUCUUUUGUACGGCUUAUACAAGGAUCGCAAGAUGCUGCUGAUUCCAUGGAUCGUCGCAGUCAUCACGUGCGGCAUCAUCGACGUAGCACAUUCCUUGUAUCUCUUCUUCGUCUCACCUGAUUUCAAUCCAACGAAACUUAUGCUCUACACGUUAAAUUUCUUUCUACUUUGCUUAAACAUAUACUCGCUAUUAUGUGUCAUCUCGCAGUAUCAGGAAUAUUCAGCUGGUCGCGGCACCGCAGCGCACGAUUACGAAUACAGGGUCAGUAUUCCGAAAGUUACCCAGAGGAAAGAACAAUGGGAUAAGAGAAAAUACCCUUUGAAGGUUCCAGUAGUGAGAUAUGUAACUCAACCACCGACAACGACCGCCACCACGUCCUGCCUAAGUUCACGAAGAGGCGUAACCAAUGAGACAAAAGCAACACCGACUCAGAGUCCCACAACGUGUCACAAUCCUCUGUUAUCGGAGAAGAGUCCUACCGGGAGUCGCGUAUCAAGGAAGCACGUUCAGUUUCCAGAUUCAUCGGCAUCGCCGCAUCAAAUAGAGAGGCCAGAAACGCCAAUAGCAGAAAUUUCAACAUGUUCGCCGAAAAUUGAGCGUAACGCGAGGACCUGGCUGCAACCCAGCGAUGCUAUAACGAUCAUGGUUAACCAGUCCUUACCGUCUAGCGACGAUGAGCAUAAUCAAGGCUCAUGAAAAGUAUAUUUGAAACACAAUCACAUUCAAUUGUUAAUAACUUGAAAAUAUUAUGUAUGUGAUUGUUGUACGCUCUCCGUGGAGUUCCUGUGUUAUCAUGUAAAUAUAUGGAUUUUUUUAUUAAAAAAAUCUCCACCGA